UCGUAGAUUGAAAUACUUCAUUACUCGUGCGUACAAGACGGAUCCAGGCUUACCCAGGCGACGGUCGCAACUUUCCAUAUACACAUCCAGUUUUGUUAUGUCAAGGAGCACGCUCUGUGACGAGAACCGGCUGUCGGACUUCCUUCAUACUUUCGACAAUUGCUGCAGACUACUACAUGCCAUAAGGUGUUCGCCCCACCGGUGUACCAUUAUGAAAUGACCUCACGACGCGUUCCUCCGGCUCUCCUUGCAAACGGUAUUCAAUUCCACACAGUCAUAGCAACGAUGCUGUUAGCAGGCGCACCUUUUGCUUCAAAAGAGACGUCAUACAAUGUGGUUGAGCAAUCGUGGGAGAUGGUUUUACUGGAUCACCAGUUUCAUCCAGGAUUAUGUGGAUGGUUCAUGUGAUAUUUGGAAAUUUCUGAUGUGGAUGCGGUCUAGUGCGUAUAGCAAUGGUCUCGGUCCCUGUGGAGGAUUGACUUUACCACCCGUCAUUACUGCUUCAUCGUCAUCCCGACAUGUCCAACCCUUUGAUAUUCCUCCUCGGUGCAACGGGCUACGUUGGCUCCGAAUUUUUGAUCCUUCUUGGUCAAGAGCUGUCUCAUCUUCCCGUCGUUGCUCUCGAACUCUCGAGGACGCCGCCAUAAUAGAAGAGCAGGCCGAGAAAGCAGACAUUGUCAUUAACGUUGCCAGUUGCGAUCACGGUCUUUGUGCAAAAGCCGUAUUGGCAGGAUUGGACAAACGAUCGGUAAAUAACCCUGAAGAUCCGCCUCUGCUUCUCCACGUCUCUGGAACUGGGAUCCUCAGCGACAACGCGCGCGGAGAAGUCAUCGAUAAUGUUACGAUCUACUCGGACCUUGAUCUCGAUUUGAAAUCACUUCCUGCCGAUAAUGCUCAUCUUGAAAUCGACCUCUCUAUCGUCGAAGCAGGCACUCGAAAGGAGAACCCGAUUCGAACUGCCAUCAUAUAUCCUGUCAUGAUCUAUGGCGUCGGGGAAGGCGUCCAGAAAACCACUGCUUGGCUCCGUGCAUUCCUGGAGUUCGCCAAAUUGAAUAAGCACGCGGGAACGUGGGGUCGGGGACUCAACUCGAUCAACAACGUACAUGUCAAAGACGUAGCAUCGGCAAUCUUCACAGUUCUCACGGCUGCCCUCGAGCACCGGGCUGAUGAAGGCGCGCAAGGACUAUACUUCGCUGCCAGCGAUGAACCGAAAGUAUCGUGGUAUGAAUGGAUGGCGCCAAUGGGAGAUUAUCUCUACAGCAAAGGAAUUGUUGCAAAAGCUGGCAGCCAUCCAUUCUCUGAUGAGUUCAUAGAAUCCAUCAAGGCAGAUAACUUAUCUCGUGGUAUUCAUUCCGAUGGUUGGUCAUUAUUCGGUGGGAACCAGUUCUCAAAGCCCCAACGCCUGGCACGCUUGGGCUGGGAGCCUGUCGAGACGAAGAAACAUCCCAUGCUAAGCAUUCUCAAGGAAUCUGUUGACGCGGCUUUAGAAUUCUGACCGACCCACAACGACUACGCUUUUCAUAACUGUACAACAUACUGCUGAAGAUUUUAGCAAAAAUUGUCGGAUGUCUUUAACAUGUCACGUGCUUCGUGUUCACCUGUCUGGCUCUAUUCGAACACCCACGUGAGACAUGAUCAGAGAGCACGUGGCUUGGUACGCUGGCAGAAUAUUCCCAGUACGUUCAUAACUGUUUGUCAUUCAAGCGAGCAUACUUCACAGGCUCGUAAGUAAUAUGUUCGGUCAGCAGAACAGCGAUUCGAAUAUUUCUCUUUUCCAAGACAAUACCGUCACCUCGCAAAUCUAGCCCCAGGUUCAUAACAUUCCUCUAGAUGCACUCGUUCGCAUCUUCGCAUUUUCGGGAGAAGGUGGUUUCGAUUGGACAUCUUUACCAACAGAGAUAGAUCCG